UUCCGGUGGAGACGUGGCUCUGUACUGCUGCCAUAUUGACGCUAGCGAGCUAACAAUCACACAACUUGAAGUCAACUGUACAUUCGCACCUUGCUAUUCCAGAGUGACUAGAAAUCACCAAAGCGAGAAACGCAAGAGACGGAAGAUCGCGUACCGUAGAGAGAGACCAAAAUGGUGCUGUUGGCAGCGGCGGUAUGCACCAAGGCCGGAAAGGCCAUUGUAUCGCGGCAGUUUGUGGAAAUGACCCGGACACGCAUUGAGGGUCUCCUGGCCGCAUUCCCUAAACUGAUGAACACGGGCAAGCAGCACACCUUUGUGGAAACAGACAGUGUCCGCUAUGUGUACCAGCCGCUGGAGAAACUCUACAUGGUCCUCAUCACCACCAAGAACAGCAACAUCCUGGAGGACCUGGAGACACUCAGACUUUUCUCUCGUGUGAUCCCAGAAUACUGUCGCGUGCUGGAGGAGAGUGAAAUAUCAGAUCACUGCUUUGACCUGAUCUUUGCCUUCGAUGAGAUUGUAGCACUAGGCUACAGGGAGAACGUUAACCUGGCUCAGAUCCGCACCUUCACAGAGAUGGACUCCCACGAGGAGAAGGUGUUCCGUGCCGUCAGAGAGACUCAGGAAAGAGAGGCUAAGGCAGAGAUGAGGAGGAAGGCCAAGGAGUUGCAACAGGCCAGGAGGGACGCCGAGCGUUCUGGAAAGAAGGUGCCAGCUUUCGGCGGUUUCGGCAACGCCGGCAUGACCAGCGUCUCCUCAGGGUCCAUCAUCACAGACACCAUCGUUGAGCCUGAGAAGCCCAAGAUCACACCGGCUCCAGCCAGAUCAAGUGGACCCAGUAAAGCUCUGAAAUUGGGGGCUAAAGGGAAAGAGGUGGACAACUUUGUUGACAAGCUCAAGUCGGAGGGUGAAACCAUCAUGGCCAAUACAGGAAAGAGGGGCUCAGAUGUAUCUAAAGUUCUACCACCACCAGUCAACGUGGAGAGUGUACAUCUGCGUGUGGAGGAGAAGAUCUCGCUGACUUGCGGUCGUGAUGGCGGCCUACAGAACAUGGAGUUGCUGGGCAUGGUGACGCUCCGAGUCACAGACGACAAGAACGGACGCAUUCGCCUCAUUAUCAACAAUAACGACAACAAAGGAUUGCAGCUCCAAACACAUCCCAAUGUGGACAAGAAGUUGUUCACAGCUGAUUCAGUGAUUGGUCUGAAGAACCCAGAGAAGUCCUUCCCUCUCAACAACGAUGUUGGUGUGCUGAAGUGGAGACUACAGACCACAGAUGAAGCGCUCAUACCUCUAACCAUAAACUGCUGGCCUUCAGAGAGUGGUACUGGCUGUGACGUCAACAUUGAAUACGAGCUGCAGGAGGACAGCCUCGAGCUCAACGACGUGGUCAUCAGCAUCCCUGUACCGUCCGGUGUGGGAGCUCCUGUGAUUGGUGACCUGGAUGGAGAGUACAAACACGACAGCAGGCGAAACGUUCUGGAGUGGUGCCUACCCGUCAUCGAUGCCAACAACAAGACUGGCAGCCUGGAGUUCAGCAUCGCCGGGCAGCCCAACGAUUUCUUCCCCAUCAACGUGUCCUUUGUGUCUAAGCGCAACUACUGCGACAUCCAGGUUACCAAAGUGACUCACGUAGAUGGAGACAGCUCAGUUAGAUUCUCUUCAGAAACCUCCUUUGUUGUCGACAAAUACGAAAUCCUGUAAAAAAAAAAAAAAAAAAAAAAAAAAAAAAAAAAAGAAGAGAAAAAAAAUUCAAAGAAUUCAAAAUCAAAAAAAUCACCAACAAAAAAAGUCCAAAUCUAUGCGUCAGAGAAAGUUUGAAGAUUUCUUGCCUGCCCACCCUGUAUACUAUUUCAGAGACUGUGUACAUCAACAGGACUACGUCAGCCCUCUGGCAAAGCCUCUUCCUGUGGUGGAGCAGAGCAGCGGUGGUGUAUUUAUAUGUUUGUAUGAGAGAGGAUCAUCUAUAUAUAGAGUUAAUUGAACAGGAAAAACCAACAAACACACACACACAAAGAAAACGACACUGAUGCUGUCAUGUUCGCCAAGCAGAACUGUAAAGAGGACUUCAGGCUAAGUAGAGGAUGACUGCGGGGGUGCAGGAGAGGCCGGCGGCCGUCUCCUCGUCCAUCUAUCAAUAAAGCCCUGCCAGGAGGUAGAGAGGGAAAACGGUGACCUGAGGCCACUGAAUCAGUCUCCAGUAGGAAGAGCGCUGGUAGUUUAGCGUCCCCCCGAGAAUCGUGCGUCCUCCACAACCUUUCUUCUUCACACUUGCAUUGCAAUGGUUCAUCGAUAGACGCCGCCUUGAAUGGGGUUCUUGCUUUCUUUCUUUUCAGAUUUCCUUCUCCAUAAUAACUGCAGAUUUGUAGCUGUCUCAAUCAUUAUUAGCCCGUCACUCUUUAAUCUUUAAACUAUUGUGAUUUGCUCUAUUGAUAUCUCACUUCAGAUGAUUGGGUUGUUUUUUUUGUUUUUUUUGUCUUUCGUGUGAGGACACUUGAGUUGUCAGUUUUUGUAGAGAGGUAACACAUUGGUUCUGCGCUGAAAAGCAAAAUAUGGCUCUGUGCUCAGUAUAUUGUCUUUUCUGUCUGCGGUUAUUAUCAGAAUUAUGCCGCACUGUCCUUUUAUUUUUAACUUUGAAUUUUUUUUUUACUGUUUGCUGUAUACUUUGUCAUUGUUUACCACUAAUCUGGAUCUUGAAAUUGACAGUGAAGAGCAGGACGUUGUAAGGAAUUCUCAGCUGCAAGGCAAAGUUACCUAUCAGUAAAUACAUUUGACUAUUG